UUUGAAGAAAGGAAACAACAUUUAUUUAAAGUAAUGACAACAGUUUUGUGCCUCACUGUCGUCUAUUGAUGCUCGAUUGUACAAAUGUUUAGCUUGCUCGUCCCGGUCCGAAGAAGCUUAGUAACAUUGUGAAAAAAAAGAUGCUAAAACGUUGCUUUUCAAACUCAAAAAAGGGGAAGCAAAUGUAAACAGUGUUCGGCGCUCGCGCGUCGUGCGCUUGCACACUAACACAUUAUAUACUAACGGCGCAACCCCUCUUCAUUCCCGCCAUCUUUUCAACCCCUCUACACACCUCUCUUACCAUCUCUUUCAAACAUCCUGCUCUCUCUCUCGCUCUCUCUCUUUCGCUUCCUCGCGCGUACGCUUUACGGUAACGGCGCUGUCACGCACACGUGCAUUUUUCGCAUGCCUACAGCAAAUCUCAUCCCCUAUUUUGGGAUCGUGCGCCUGUGUGCGUGCCGUAUCGUUGCGCGCAACUGCAUCUCCACCCGAGUGAGAGAGGAAGCCACCUCACUGCGCUUAACAUAUCAUUCCGCAUUUCAACACCUUCGGUUGUUGAUUUGAUAAAACAGUCCAAACAGUCCAUACAAACAAGCGUCCGCGUUCGCGUACACGCUGCCGGUGUUUGAAGUGUCGAAACUGUUGCGAAAAAGUCUUUCCUUCGUGUGGCGUGUAACCGUGUUCGGUGUGUGGUUCAGCUAGAAUUUUCACCCAACGGAAGCUUGAAGAUCAUUGCCGAGUGGAAGAAAAAUGUGCUUGCAACAUAUUGAUGCUUUACGGUGCUGGUGAAGAGUCCGGUGUUCAAUGGUGCUUUUGAAGUUUUUCGGAGUGAAUGCUCUGCACAAUGUAGUUUUGGGUGUCUCGUAGUUUGACUAGGAAAGUAUACGUCAUUUAAGAAAAAAAAAACACAAUACUAAACAUGUGAAGAUGUUCACACGCGAACGUACUGUGAUAAACGGGAGAUACAAGUGAAUCGGAAAAAGGAAGAAUAAAAAUCUACCCACAUGUCCAUUAAAACGCUACAACAGAACAGUGAAAAAGGCAAACAAUUAAGUUGCGUAACAUUGAAAAAGUGAUUCAAAAUGCCACGUCCAUCCCGUGACACGUACGGCGAUCAGAAGCCACCGUACUCGUACAUCUCCCUGACAGCGAUGGCCAUCUGGUCCUCGCCGGACAAAAUGUUACCCUUGAGUGAUAUCUACAAGUUCAUCACCGAUCGGUUUCCGUACUAUCGCAAGAACACGCAACGGUGGCAAAACUCGCUCCGGCACAAUCUUAGCUUCAACGAUUGCUUCAUCAAAGUUCCACGCCGUCCGGAUCGGCCGGGCAAGGGUGCCUACUGGGCCCUGCAUCCCCAGGCAUUCGAUAUGUUCGAAAACGGUAGCCUGCUAAGGCGCCGGAAACGCUUCAAGCUGCACAAAACCGACAAAGACAUUCUGAACGAGGAGCUGGCAGCACUGGCCAACAUCAAUCGGAUAUUUCUCGCACAAAAUUCAGCGGACGCGUACUGUCCCGGUGCGACCACAAUGCUACCGGAUCCGGCCGUACUGCAUCCAUCGAGCAUGAUGCAUUCGCCACCGCUCGAACCUCAUUCACCACUGCCGGCAGUGGCCCCACUGUCACCGGUUUCGACCGGCGAAACUACGCUGCCGGUCGGUACAACACCGCUCCGACCGAAACGAUCGUUUACGAUCGAAAGUUUGAUCACCCCGGAAGAGGAGCUAGUGGAACGUCGCAAAGGGGUGCGGAUAGAGCGGGACCGUAGCCGUUCACCCGGUGCCAGCCCGGCACGAUCCAUCCACAAUGCGCGGGAACAAAUCAAACGCUCGAAAAAGAGUUCCGACGAUAGGUUAAAUUUGUUAGAAUCACCCGACCGGUUGCCAUCCUUACUGUCGAUUGCUGGCCAUCCGAUGCAUCAUCAUGUUGCCGCCCUUCAUCAUCAUCCCGCACUGCAUCAUCAGCAUGCGGCCACAUUACCACCCGCCACCAGCCUGCCGGGGGCGAACAUUCCUCCCUUUCUGCAGUACGCCCAUCCGGCACUGGCCGGGUACGAUCUGCCCCUUCAUCCGCUGCUCAUGAUGGGACCGUUGGGUGCAAUUCCGCCCCAUUACUUCCAUCACAGCUCGUACCACAGUUUGGCCGCUGCCCAUCAUCAACAUCAGCACCAUGUGCAUCAUCAGAACCAUCAUCAUCAUCAGCAGCAGCAGCAUCAUCACGGGAGUAAUGGGUCCGCGAUUGGGUCCGGUUCCGGCAGUCGAUCACCGAGCGGUUCCACCACCGAACCGGACAGUCCCCGUUCGGGUGGAGCUCCGACCGAUCUUAGUCGACCGCUCGGACCUGCCCUGCGGAGUGUCUAAAGCGAGUGACGACGACGACGACGAACUCGCACUUUCCUCUUCCCUGUUCCUGUUAGUGCUCUAGUGGCCACACACAUACACACCUGAAGGCUGUUUUGUUGAGUUUGUAUAACUUUUUGGAUAGUAUUUUAUGUACACUCUUUAGUUCCCAUCCCCCAUUCCCGGUUAUACUCGAACGAUUGUACUUAGCAGUAAUUAAUCGAAUGUGACCAGAAACUACGUGGAAAACCUCGCGUCUUAUUAAAGGCUCCAUUAUCGAUUCGAUGAUAAUUUCGUGUUUUAGAACAAUUCCUCUUUUGUAUGUUGGCCAAUUGUUCAUCGUAACUAAGGAUGGUCGUGCAAAACAGCACUGCUUGAGUAAGAGACAGAAUGUAUCAAGCGUGUUCGGUAUGAAAUACAAAGAUUUAUGUGUAAGAUUUAGCGAAAUUCAAAUGUACGUGAUUAAUUAUUUAAGAUCUGUUUUUACUCUAUAGAACUGAAAUAAACAAAUGUGUAUAACAAAUGGAAAUAUUAAGCAUGUUGAUGUGUUUUGUUAAACGCAGCUGGGAACCGUACAAUACCACAAGGGAUCGAAAUAUGUUUUUUCAU